AUGAACCCCGACAACAAGGAGGUCUGCCUCAUUAUCGGCGCGUCCAGGGGCAUCGGCCGGCAAGUUGCCAUCGACCUCGCACAACAUGGCUACUUCGUCGUCGUCGCGGCCAAAACCACGUCGGAUGCUAGCGCCAUACCAGCAUCUUCGUUCCCGCCCGACCCGAACUCACCAGCGUCGACCAUCAACACCGUAGCCCGGGAGAUCACUGAGGCUGGUGGUUCCGCACUCGCCUUACCUGUCGACGUGCGGGAUGUGGACAACGUCAAAGACUUGGUCGACGAGGUCGCACGCCGCUUGGGCCGCCUAGACGUGCUGAUCUACAACUCUGGGGCAAUUUGGUGGUCAGCGGUGGAGACCACCCCGGUCAAGCGCUUCAUGCUGCUUCAGCAAGUCAAUCCGCAAGGCCUGUACGCGGCGGUAUCAGCGGCGCUGCCUCAUUUUGGAAAGCAGGGCUGGAAGGGACGCAUCAUCGUGGUGUCUCCGCCCAUAUAUUCACGCUUCUUCCGGGGAAAGACCGCCUACGCUAUGGGCAAGGUGGGCAUGAGUGUCUUGACCAAAGGCCUCGCCAUGGAUUUUGUGAGACAGGGGCGGAAAGAAAUGGCCAUUACGAGUAUUUGGCCUGCCGUGUCCAUUGAAUCAGCUGCGACCCAACGCUCAGUGGAUCGCGAGCCAGACUUUUUCAAGGAUCUAAGAAAACCUACAAUCUACUCGGACGCUAUCCUUGCCAUGCUCCAAUCUCCUGCCGAGGAGGUCAACGGCCUACUCGACCUAGAUGAAGACUUUCUGCGUAAGAAAGGCGUGACGGAUUUCUCAAAGUAUAGCGUCGUGCCCGGCUCAACACCGCGUCGCAUCAUGCCCGCGCAGUUCCCCGUCCUGGAGGUUGCCGAGCAGGACGACGAGGGAAGACGGGUUGACAGUGCGGUCCUGCGGAAGGGAAGUGAUGACAAGGUGACUAGUAAACUGUGA